AUGUCGAAUACGAUGCCGAGCAUGGGAGGCUUUUCUGCUGUGUUUGCAGUGGCUUUGCUUGCCGGAGUCUUCCUCGCUUCCCUUCCUUCAGGCGUGCAAUCCAUCGGCGUGUGCUACGGCAUCAUCGCAAACAACCUCCCACCGCCGAGAGAAGUGGUGCAGCUCUACAGGUCCAAGGGCAUCACCAACAUGCGCAUCUACUCCGUCCAGCUCCAGGCGCUCGACGCGCUCCGCGGCUCCGGCAUCAGCCUCAUGCUCGGCACCACCAAUAACGACGUCGCCGCCCUCGCCGGCAGCCUCUCCGCCGCCACCUCCUGGGUGCAGGCCCACGUAAAGCCCUACCACAGCGCUGGGGUGACCAUCCGGUACAUCGCCGUCGGCAACGAGGUCACGGGCGGCACCGCGCAGCGCAUCCUCGCAGCCAUGCGGAACCUCAACAAGGCCCUGGCAGCAGCCGGUCUCGGCGACGCCAUCAAGGUGUCCACGGCGGUGAGGUUCGACGUGCUCAGUAACUCCUACCCACCCUCCGCCGCCGUGUUCGCUCACCCAUACAUGGUCGACAUCGCCCGGCACCUGGCCAGCACCAGCGCGCCGCUGCUCGCCAACGUGUACCCGUACUUCGCCUACAGCAGCAACCCGAGGGACAUCAAACUCAACUACGCGACGUUCCAGCCGGGCGCGACGCCCGUGAGGGACGCCCGCACCGGGCUCGUCUACACGAACCUCUUCAGCGCCAUGGUCGACGCCAUGUACGCCGCGCUGGAGAAGGCCGGGGCGCCGGGCGUGAGGGUGGUGGUGUCGGAGAGCGGGUGGCCGUCCGCCGGUGGGCUCGGGGCGACGCCGGAGAACGCGCGGGCGUACAACCAGGGCCUCAUCAACCACGUGGCGCACGGCACGCCCAAGAAGCCUGGGCCCAUGGAGGCGUACGUGUUCGCCAUGUUCAACGAGAACCAGAAGCCCGGGCCGGAGACAGAGAGGCACUUUGGGCUCUUCUACCCCAACAAAACGCCCGUGUACCCCAUCAAUUUCGCAGGAGGAAGGUCGGCGGCGGCCAACCACACGAACUCGCAUGGGUUCGGUGGACACUAG